AUGGUUUGAUGAUCUGUUUAGUUCUUGAGAAUGUUCGAUUGCAUUUCUAGUUCGCCUCUUUUGAAAAUUACUGCACUCUCAGUUUCUUGCAUGUAUUUCUGAAAUUAAAUGUGUGUGGAAGCUUUGAAGCUAUGUUUCUAGAUUUGAAGUUUUGAUUUGCAUGCAGUUUCAUCGGCGAUCCGACUUGAAUUUUACUGUGAUUUUUUUCAACUGAACGAAACGUUGUUUUCUGUAAUUUAUUAUCAAGUUUGAGUGAUCGAGUGGCCGUGGAUCUACAAUGAUUUGAUCACUUUUUUUGUUUCUCUACUUCUAGUUUUGUUACAUUGAAAUUUCUGUCAAGGCUUGCUGUUAUAAGUUAUAUUAGUGUAUUUCCCCUUUCUGAGUUGCUAUUAAUCUUCCUGUGCAUGUUGUUAAUGAAGUGAAAACUCUGUGAAGUUGCGAUGCGUACAAGGGAUCCAUAUUUUUGUUGUGCCUUUGUUUUAAAUUUUGGUGGAAGUCAAUAUCAAGAUAUGGAUAAGAUCUUAUGGGGGAAAAUCCUAUACUUCCCCAUAUUCCUAUGUUGCGUGAUCAUCUUAUUUUGACUAAAUAUGACCACACGAUGAUGGCUAAGGCCAAUGCAGCAUCGGGAAUGGCUGUGAAUGAUGAUUGCAAACUGAAGUUUUUGGCGCUCAAGGCCAAAAGAACAUAUCGCUUUAUUGUGUUUAAGAUUGAGGAGAAGCAAAAGCAAGUUGUAGUAGAGAAAGUUGGCGAGCCAACUCAAAGUUAUGAGGACUUUGCUGCAAGCCUUCCUUCGGAUGAAUGUCGUUAUGCUGUCUAUGAUUUUGACUUUGUUACUGAAGAGAACUGUCAAAAGAGCAGGAUCUUCUUCAUUGCCUGGUCCCCUGAUAAUUCAAGAGUCAGAAGCAAGAUGAUAUAUGCAAGCUCCAAAGAUAGAUUCAAGAGAGAGCUGGAUGGAUUCCAGGUUGAGCUGCAAGCAACCGACCCAACCGAGAUGGGUCUUGAUGUCAUCCGAAGCCGAGCUGGGUGAAUGCUACAUUCUGGUUUUCAUAACCCGAUUUGGCUAAAAUGGUAUCAAUUUCCCUGCACAUCUUCUUUUCAAGGUUGAACAAGCGUCCUGGUCCUGGUCCUGGUCCUGGUUUUGUGGUAUAUGUUUCAGAUUUAUGUUCUAAAUGGCCUUUUGUACGUGUUCGAGCUAAUGCACGUCUUCGUGGUUUCUCAACACACACACACACACACAUAUAACAUGCACAAUUUUAUCCUUCGGGGAGAUAUUGCAGCAAGAUUUUAUCAGAUUCCAGCUGCUAUUCUGCAUGUACUACAUAGAUUAAUAUACAAGGGGAUUGAAUAUUAGCAUUUGAUCGAUCUUAAUGCAAUUUGGCUGCCUGUUUUUCUUCA